CAGAGAAAGAUGCAUCCUCCUCGUGCUAUGUGAUCAUUUCUGGUGUUAGGAUAGUAAGAUGGGUCAGACGGCUGAAAUGAAAGAGAUGCAGCCAGGGGUGUGGCUGCAGUCUCUCUCAGGAAAACUCAGUCUUGCCUUGAGCUGCAACAUCUCUGACAUAACAGUUGUGCCAGUAUGCCAGUCAUGAACAGGCCAGGGUUUUGGACAGGCUCAGGGUUGAGCAGACUCUUUUCAUCUGGGGAACUAUGGAACUAUGACGGGAAUUCUAAGGAACAGCGCUUGUCCAAGCAAGACCUACGUACAGCUAAGGAGCCAAGCUCCUCUCAUAGUCACACUCUCAAAGGCUUACCUCGGUCUCAAAGUGUCAGAGUUGAGCUCUGUGCAGGAAAAUCGCCUCGGUGUGAGACAGUGGAGCGAGGUGUGCAAAUCCCGGAAGAUAUUCUAACAGGAUGUCUGACUGCUUACCCUGAGGAAAAGAGAUCGUCUGAAAAGAAUGGCAAUAAAGAAACACUUCCCCCUUUACUCAAUGUGGCCUCGUCUCUUGAGAAUGUUUCCAUCUGUCCAUCAUUCUCAAACACUCCGAAAGCAAAAACAGUCACUGUAAGUUCCAUGACGGGAUCUUCUUUCCUAUCCAAUAGCAAGGAGCUCUUUGAAGAUUGCCAGAAGAGGUAUGAGGGACAGAGGAAUGCACAGGAUCAGGAAUUACCAAUGACGUCCUGUGCUAAUCUCGAUGCUGUGGACACAGACUUCGCUAUAGAGGCGAUGUGCGACCCAGUAAUUCUCAAUGUACAGAACGACCAAAGAUCACAAGGUCUAUUGCCGUUAAGCAAUAAUGGCGAGACCAAUCACCAGUUAACCAGUACAGGGACUGAGGAGUGUUUGGUAUCCCACCCAGGCAGCACCAUAAUAGAACCUAAAGAAGCUGAACAAACAACGAAGACCAACAUAUUUGUAUCCAACAGAGGAAGUCUGUUCAGUGCAACCUUUGUCCACAACACAGGCAAUAGUGACACAAAGAUGAGUCGUGAAAGCCCCUCGUGUGAUGACAGUGUCUCUGAAACAGGGGAUGAAUUAGAUGCAUUUUCUUCCAGCAGUGACUGUCUGACCUACAUUGAGGACGAGGAGAAGGCUGUUAUAGAUGGAACGAGAGGCGGAGGAAACACACGCUUUCCACACUUCACCAGAAGGUCAAAAAAUGGAUCACAAACUCAGCCUUUAUGUCUAAACCCAGCAAGGAUAUACCACUCUUCUUCGAGUAAGCCAUUCGCUCAGUCGUGCAUUCCACUGGUUUUACAGAUGUCCAAACCAGUUACUAGAGGGUUGUCAAAAACAACUGUAUCUGAGGAGGGUCUGUCAGAAAUCCUUUCCCCAGUUGAUGAGGUUCUGUCCUAUGGAAGCUACGAGCUCCCUCCACCUGUAGCGCACUGUGCAGGAAAUGGGAGUGUUAGCUCCACUCUGCUACCUCCCCAACCUGCUUUUGAGGUGAUCACAAGUGAAGAGGAAUUCCCGCCUUCUUCUGAAGGAAAUUAUCUGUAUCUCAAAGAAGAUCCAUCCAUUAACAGUGAGCUUGUUCCUCCUCUCCCUGAUGAUAAGACACCACAUGUAAACAACACAAACUCUGGUGAAACUAACAAAGACCUUGCUGAAGGUCAGAAUGUUUUUGACAGAACUGAGAACUCCAGCUUGGUUCCAGCGGACGAGGAUGUCACAGACUUGCUCUUCUCCUUUGACAUUGGCGACAGGGUUCUUGUCUGCCUUUCCAGACCUGGUGUGCUGAAAUACAAAGGGCAGGCAGCAUUUGCUGGUGGCCUUUGGGCAGGUGUGGUGCUGGACAGGCCAGAAGGAAACCACAACGGGACCUUUAGAGGGGUAAAAUAUUUCAGAUGUGAUAGGAACUGUGGUGUUCUGGUCCGAGCGGAGGACAUCUCUCCUUUACGAGGGACACAAGACAGUGAUCUGGAUACUGAGCCUGAGGAGGAUCCCUUCUCAGAUGAAGAACCACCAAACUGCUUGAAACCACAAGAGGAUGGAUUGAAAGAAGAUGAAGCCUCAGGUGGACCAUUGGAAGGCAACAUAGACAGGGGACAAAAUAAACCAAUCAAUGAUCCUUUAACUACUAAAAUGACCUAUAAAGAGGGACAAUUACAAGAGAAAUGGUGCCAAAACCCUCAACUUGACUGUUGUAACGAGACACCUGAGGCAUCAAGUUCAUCCACCCCUAUGCCUGUAUCAUCAUUAUUUCAAAUUGGUUUUGAUUCAUGCCCCCAAACAGCAGGACACAACAUGAGCUCUAGUUUUGACAUAAACUCUUGGGUGGAAAGUUUGACCGAGGAGCUGAUCCAAGACCUUAUGAUGGAUGCUCUAGAGAUAAGGAUGAGAAACAGAGAGAAAGGCUUGCUCAAAGAGGACAACAAACAAAUUGAUGCCUCCGUCCCCGCAGGAGUCCUUUUGACAGUAAAGAAGAAAGAUGACAGCACAGCCAGUAAGCUGUGUUUCAUAGAACAGUGGCACGAUACUCUCUGCUCUGCAGCUCCUGAGAAGGUUCAAAUCCAGCCCCACGACCGUGACAUAGUGUACAGACUGGUUGAUACUGCCUUGGAAACCCUCUUAGGCCAAGCAAAGAGUACCAUGAUUUACAACCCAGAAGCACCAGGCUAUAUCAUUGACGAAGAGAGUGUCAGAGUUUACGGACGGAUCAUGCACCAACUCACCUCUGAGAUUCUUCAUGGGGUGUUGACCAAUCACUUUGGGAUUACAAGAUCUAUGUGGCAGACAAAAAAUACACUCUCAAGUCUCCUAUCAAGUAGAGUCUUUCUCACCGACCUGAAGGCUGCUGUUAAAUCUGAGGUGCAGAAAGAGCUCAACUUGGAUCGGACGGACCUUCAGAUGAAAGAGAUUCUCCUGACGUUGUGCAAAUACAGGAGUACAAAGAGAGACAGAGUAGACUACAUUCUGAUCCAAGAGCUUCACAAAGAAGAACUGCAGUGGGUGGACUACAGCGCUGACCAGAUGACUGUGAAGAUGAGACUGUCUGAGGAGAUUUUCAGUCUUCUCCUGGAGGACACUAUAUCAGUUCUCAAACACAUGUACAUGACACCAUCCUUUUGAACCUGAGAAAGAAGGUUACGGUUCCCUCUAUAAAAUAUAUCUUAUUAAUUGCCAUUCUAUUCUCAAAUGCUUUGAAUUCACUUACAAUUACAUGUAUUGAUUAUCUAUGAUCGUUGAAGAAUUUAAAUAAAUCACUCAUA